AUGAAUAGAUAUCCGGGGGACUUCCAGCGCUUCGCAAGGGUGGUGCAGCAGCAAAUGAACCGGGCUGGAUAUGGCCCCAAUCAGAGACGUGGCGGACGCGGCCCCGGGGGGUUGCUACCAGGGGCAGGAUUGCUGCUUCUAGGUGGCGGUGCGUUGUUUCUGAAUGCGUCGUUGUUCAACGUGGACGGUGGGCACCGGGCAAUUGUGUACUCUCGGCUGAGCGGGGUGCAGCAGUCGGUGUACGGCGAGGGUACGCACUUCGUCAUCCCAUGGUUGGAGACGCCUGUGCUGUACGACGUCCGGUCCAAGCCGCGCACGGUGUCGUCGCUUACGGGAACGAACGACCUGCAGAUGGUGAAUAUAACGUGCCGUGUUCUAUCGCGGCCGGACGUGCAGCACCUGCCGCUGAUCUACCGCACACUCGGCACGGACUACGACGAGCGCGUGCUGCCCUCGAUCGUUAACGAGGUGCUGAAGGCGGUCGUAGCGCAGUUCAACGCGUCGCAGCUGAUCACUCAGCGGGAGAGCGUGUCGCGGCUGAUCCGCGACAAUCUGGUGCGCCGGGCGUCGCGCUUUAACAUCAUGCUGGAUGACGUUUCCAUCACGUAUAUGACCUUCUCGCCGGAGUUCACUAGCGCCGUGGAAGCGAAGCAGGUCGCCCAGCAGGACGCCCAGCGGGCCUCCUUCUACGUCGAAAAAGCCAAACAGGAGAAGCAGAGCAUGAUCGUCAAGGCGCAGGGUGAGGCCAAGUCGGCCGAGCUGAUCGGUGAGGCGAUCAAGAAGAGCAAGGACUACGUCGAACUCAAGCGGCUCGAUACCGCGCGCGAGAUCGCCGGCAUUCUCGCCGCCUCGCCCAACCGCGUGAUCCUGGACAACGAGGCGCUUCUCUUGAACACCAUCACCGACAGCAGAGACAAAAAGUAG